AUGUUUGCAAGACUCUUCCUCUACCUCAAAUUGCUCGGCUUCACUCUCUCCAUCUCCCUGAAAAGACUGGGCAUUUAUCUCUCGACUAAGAUCCACCGCCUGCGGUACCGCCCCGUGCCCGACCCGCGCAACGUCGUGAUCAUCGGCGGUUCCUUUGCGGGCUAUUUCCUCGCGAAGCGCCUGGCCGAGUCCCUGCCCACAGGAUACCGGGUGGUGCUGAUCGAGAGACAUUCCCACUUCCACUUCACGUGGAAUUUCCCACGUGCCUCCGUCCUCUCGGGCCAGGAAGCCAACGCCAUCGUCCCGUACCCGGCCCAUGGCCCACGAAGUGCACCGGACGGAGCAUACGUGUUCAAGCAAGGUACCGUCACCGCCAUCGAGUCCGGCAAAGUCGUACUGCAGGACGGAUCAGAGAUCGCGUACGAGUACCUCGCCAUCGCGACGGGGUCUCGGUCGCGGUAUCCGGAAAAGCUCGACGGCGAUGGCAACGGCACCGGGAACGUGAAAGCGAACUGCGUGAGAUUCUUCCAAGAAGAACAGCACCGCAUCGCGGCGGGACAGGACAUCGUCGUUGUGGGCGGCGGUGCGGCAGGCGUCGAAGUUGCCGCGGACAUCAGGAGCAAGUAUCCGCAAAAGAGCGUCACGCUGGUGCAUUCGCGGGAGAACCUGCUCAACAACUUCGAUCGGGAACUGCACAACAUUGCGAGGAAAGCGCUCGAGGAGCUGGGCGUCACGCUGUAUUUGGGCGAGCGGGUGGUUGGAGGACUGGAAGGGGAUGAUUCAAAGCAGGUCACCCUGCGUAGCGGGAAAGUCAUCCAGUGUGAUACGGUGAUCCAUUGCACCGGCCAAGCGCCCAACUCGUCCCUCCUCGCCACCUUCUCGCCGGACUCCGUGUCGGCCACGACGGGUGCCAUCCUGGUCGACAAAGCUCUCCGCGUCCGUAACGCACCAGCCUACAACAACAACAUCUUCGCGCUGGGCGACGUGGUCGACCUGCCCGGCCCGAAGAUGGGAAGGGCCGCAUCGAUGCAGGCGUUCCUCGUCGCGGAGAAUAUUGUAAGGGCGAUUCGUGCGGAUCAGAAGAGGGACGGGAAGCGGAAGGAGACAAAUGUGAACACAAAAACAAGAGCCACGUCGUCACCGGCGUUGAAGGAGUACACGCCGUCGUUGAUCGACUCGUCCAUUGAAUUGACCUUGGGCUUGGGCAAAAGCGUCACUUUCAUCAGCGACGGCGGCGGCGGCCACCAACACGUGUCCUUUGCGCGCGCCAUGCCCGACCACGCCCUGCACGCGGCGCAGAUGUGGAGGAUGAUGGAUGCCCAGCCGUUCGUCGACCCGGGGGACACCGACAGCGACAGCGCGGCAAAUGUCAAUGGUGGAUAG